AUGCCUAAUCAGUUAGAGGUUAUAUCUUCCCUUCAACCACCUUCACCUUCCCCUCAACCAUCUUCACCUUCCCCUCAACCACCUUCACCUCCCCCUCAAACACCUUCACCUCCCCCGCAAACUCCUUCGCCUCCCCCUCGAUCUCCGUCAACCGCGUUUUCGGACGCACUGACGGAGAGAAUCUUUCCAGAUACUCCCCCACUAUCACCCGAUUCGUCGGUCGAUCCUAUCCCAAUUUCCCCUAGAGAAAUUCCGUCCCCGACGAACUCCAUGGACAGCGUGGAGUUCUUAGAGGAAAUUCCUCCGCUGCCACCUACAUCUUAUUUCCGAAUCACUCUCGAGUCACUCAUCAGUCAAUUCCUGCGGACUACUACCGCAUCUAUCCCUCAGGGGGACAAUCGGUCCUUAUUACUUCGAUCCUGA